CAGCUCCAGCUUCAGUGGAAUUUGUCUGCGAACUCACAUUUUGUGGAGGCCGAUAUUAAACGAUCACGAUGGGUGUUUUAGGAAUUUGCUGCCUGACGGUCAUAUGUUUUGUAUCUGUUAGCAGGGCGUUUCCUAAUAUAUUGCCAGCGGGUCCCAUUGAUGUAAACAAUAUUGCUCCGACACCUCUAGCCGACCCGGCUACUCAAGUUGGUUUGUUUUCAUCCAGUGUUACAGUCUCCACUACUCAAAGCACUAAUUCAACCACUUCACCUCCUUUACUCACACCAGCAGUACCACUGCCUCGUCCAUCGUCUCUCCUUAACGCAGCAGGAACACGACAAUUCCCGCGAUUGUUGUGCUAUGCUUCUGAAGACUCGUGUUUUUCGUAUGGCAUCAACACUGAAACUGGACCAUCUUGUUGGUAUGCUAUUGAUGAACCGAGAAACAGGUGUUGUGAUGAAGGUGGUCUCCACCAGUCUCCUAUCUCCCUGCCUGCAUCUGGAAUGAUUCCAGUCAUCGAUAAAAACUCCUUUCUAUAUUACGACAUUGCAGAAAAGGAGGCUUUAGAAGGAAGGCUAGAAAAUAAUGGAGUUGGUCCUAAAUGGAUACCCGAGCGACUCACGGCGAGACUAAUAGGGGCUGGUGAUCCCAAAAAGGUGUACGUCUUGGACAAUGUCAACAUUCAAUUUGGUGCUGCUGGUGGGCGUCAGACAGAACAUGUAAUAGAGGGUCAACCAAAUUGGCACCACGUUGGCGAGUUACAAAUAGUACAUUUUAAUCAAGCUUAUGACAAUUUAGCUGCGGCCAGUCAGUUCGGGGACGGUGUAAUUAUAAUAUCUUUGAUGCUAUCGAGUCAAGAAGGAGAAGAGAAUGAAGGCCUAAAAGAAGUGAUAGAGAAAGUAGCAGAUGUGAGUCUGUUUUCACUACCCGGAGUUGAUUGUCAAGUAAAUCCGGCCGCUAGUGCAUCCACGAAUUGUCCCGUUACCAAAACCAAUUUUACGUUUCCAGAUUAUCUCAAUCUACACACCCGUGGAAAUGUACCCGCCGGCAUGUCACCAUUAAAUGGUGUUAAAGUGUACCCAAAUAUAAUGCUACCCAAAGAUCCAGAAUUUUACAGCUACCAAGGCAGUUUAACAACACCGCCAUGUUCUGAGGCUGUUACUUGGCUUGUAGCUGAAAAACCUAUACGUGUCAAACCAGAAAUGGUCGGUCAAUUAAGAAUGCUUGAAUCACGACAAAAAAUGACGAAAAUUUAUAACUAUGGUAAUCUGCGACCGUUACAAACGAGAACCACUCAGCAUGCUGUUACAAUGGUCAAAUAUAAACAAUUCUAACAUUAUUAGAUUCUA